AUGAGUUUACCAGAGGAUUCUCAGCAGUGGCAAGACACAGUACUUGCUGUUUGUGGAAAUAGCUUGCCCCCAACGCCAGAUCAGAUUACAUGGACCGGGGGCUCCCACAUAACAGAGACACAGUUCUUGGCCCUGAGAUGCUAUUGGCCCAAUCAUAUGAUCCCGCAGAGCUCCAUCGACUCUUAUGAGGCACGAAGACUGGAAACCUACAGACAAUUCAGCUCAGCUCGGCAGUGGCUAGGUGCAUAUCCCCCAUUUGGCGGAUAUCUCAACCACAUCAGAAACAACCAGCGCACGAAACCCUGGAAUAUUGGAGAUUCCGACACAGAUGCCUAUGGGCUAGGAAUUAUGGAGAUUCCACGCAGAACGCAGGAGAUUAUUCGUGCCGCAGUGCGAGAUAACCAACCAUUUGACGAGCAAAUGAUCAUUGCUAGUCUUGUCUCAUUCCUCCAGUCAAUUGCAGUUCGGAACCCACAAGUUCGCUACGAUUGGUCUUCCCAUAGAAGACAUAUCCAAGCCCAAUUCGCACAAUCCCAGCUUAACUUAUUCGUGGAUGGUGCCCUAGUGAACCCUGCUACCAAUGAAAUCAAAGCACUUUUGGAGGCUAAGAGAGACUCCGGAAACAAGAAGCAGGUAUCAUGGCAGAUAUCAGCGGAAAUUGCGGCCUUUAUAUCAAGACUUCGAGGGACCCGCCAAAAAGUCCGGUCUUUGUCUUGA